GCCGCCGCCGCCGCGGUCGCUGAGCGUCAGUGCCGGGAGGAGCCGCCGCCUCGGCCCCCUCAGUAGUCGGCGUCUGUGGCGCAGCCCGACUCCCGCGGUGUCCAGGGGGAGCCCCUGCGGACCCCGCGGCAAGCGGAGGAGAUGCCGCUCUUCGCCACCAACCCCUUCGAUCAGGAUGUGGAGAAAGCUACCAGUGAGAUGAAUACUGCUGAGGAUUGGGGCCUCAUUUUGGAUAUAUGUGAUAAAGUUGGUCAGUCGCGAACUGGACCUAAAGAUUGUCUCCGAUCUGUUAUGAGGAGAGUGAACCACAAGGACCCUCAUGUCGCCAUGCAGGCCUUGACUCUUCUAGGUGCAUGCGUAUCAAACUGCGGCAAAAUUUUUCACUUAGAAGUAUGUUCAAGAGAUUUUGCUAGUGAAGUAAGCAACGUAUUAAAUAAGGGUCAUCCUAAAGUGUGUGAAAAACUAAAGGCUCUUAUGGUUGAAUGGACAGAUGAAUUUAAGAAUGAUCCACAGCUUAGUCUAAUAUCAGCAAUGAUAAAGAACCUUAAGGAGCAAGGAGUUACAUUUCCAGCCAUUGGGUCCCAGGCUGCAGAACAAGCAAAAGCAAGUCCAGCUCUGGCAGCCAAGGAUCCUGGUACUGUGGCUAACAAAAAGGAAGAAGAAGAUUUAGCAAAAGCCAUUGAGUUGUCUCUGAAAGAACAAAGGCAGCAAUCAACCACGCUUUCCGCUUUGUAUCCCAGUACGUCCAAUCUCUUAACUAACCACCAACAUGAAGGCCGAAAAGUUCGUGCUAUCUAUGACUUUGAAGCUGCUGAAGAUAACGAACUUACUUUUAAGGCUGGAGAAAUUAUUACAGUUCUUGAUGACAGUGAUCCCAAUUGGUGGAAGGGCGAAACCCAUCAAAGCAUGGGGUUAUUUCCUUCUAAUUUUGUGACUGCAGAUCUCACUGCUGAACCAGAAAUGAUUAAAACAGAGAAGAAGACGGUACAAUUCAGUGAUGAAGUUCAGGUAGAAACAAUAGAGCCAGAACCAGAACAAGCCUAUAUAGAUGAAGAUAAAAUGGACCAGUUGUUACAGAUGCUGCAGAGUGCGGACCCCAGUGAUGACCAGCCCGAUCUUCCAGAGUUGCUGCAUCUUGAAGCAAUGUGUCACCAGAUGGGACCUCUCAUUGAUGAAAAGCUGGAAGAUAUUGAUAGGAAACAUUCAGAACUCUCAGAGCUUAAUGUCAAAGUGAUGGAGGCACUUUCCUUAUAUACCAAGUUAAUGAAUGAAGACCCCAUGUAUUCCAUGUAUGCAAAAUUGCAGAAUCAGCAGUAUUACAUGCAGCCCUCUGGAGUUUCUGGUUCUCAGGUAUAUCCGGGGCCGCCUCCAAGUGGUACGUACUUGGUUGCGGGGAAUGCACAGAUGAGCCAUCUCCAGAACUACAGCCUUCCCCCCGAGCAGCUGUCUACGCUCAGCCAAGGAGCAGUUCCACCAUCUGCAAACCCGGUGCUUCCCAGCCAGCAGGCCCAGGCUUCUUACCCUAACGCAAUGGUCAGUUCUGUUCAAGGAAGCACGUAUCCCGCCCAGGCUUCAGUCUACAGUCCUCCUCCUGUUGCUGCUGCAGCCGCUGCUGCCGACGUCACGCUCUAUCAGAACGCAGGAACUGCCAUGUCCCAGGUGCCAAGCUAUAAUCUCACGUCGACUCUGCCUCAGGCCGCAGUCUCUCAGCAGCCCCCUCAGCCCCAGCAGCCGUAUUCUCAGAAGGCUCUGCUAUAGGACUCCGGCUUCUCCUGGUGGCACAUGUCUGCUCGACGCCCUUGACAGUGUCACUGGCUUCGUCAUAUGUUAAGAUUUGUUUAUCCUCAGCUUAUAGGAAUCUGUCUGGGUCAGAAGUUCAAAUAUUCAAGAAGGUAGAACUCUCUUGGAUUCACACUGACUUGUAAGAGGUUCUCCUUUCUCCUUUCCCCAGAAGGAUGAAGCUACACACAAGAAAUUAACUUUCAUAAUAUGAAAAGAAUGAGACGAGAUUGUCUUGUACAAAAUACUCAUUCUGCAAAAUGUCAAACAUACAAAAAGCUGUUUUGGCAAAUAUUGUGUGCGUGUAUAUAUAUACAUAUAGAGGGAGAUGUGUAACUUCAUUAGUGGUCAUUUUGAAUCACAAUGGCGAUCAUGUGAAUAUAUUUAACACUGUUAAAUUAAUUUACGUUGCUAUUUUAUUUUAAUCAUGAACAACUACCAUGUUUCAUAAUUUUUGUGUAAAUUUAAGAUAAUCUCUUAAACUGCAGGACAAAGUGAUAGCCUAUUUACGUGAGGUCAUCCUCUUGCCCAUGUUUCUCGUUAAACUACUUUUCCUUUCAUUGUGAGCAAAAUUACAACACGCACUUUCUGUAGCCUCUUUCUGCAGCCUCUGUACUACUAGCUGUCAUCACACCAGCGCACAGUAGCAAAAUUUGGUGCAAUUAGAGCAAAUGAUGCUGUUCCCUUUAAAUCGUUAUAUUUUGGCAUGAUAUUUCAGUAUAUUGUGGGACCAUGAGACACAGUUAAGUAGGAUCAUAUUCUUUAUACCUUUCUUUGUCCUGGUUGACGACUAGGUUUUUUUAAGCUGUAUACUGUGUUUCUUGAUGGCAGCGACACCAAAGAUAGAGGCAAUGAGUAGAAAUUUUUUAACUGGAAAGAAAACGUGAAUCACACUACAUUUUCAAAAUCUAUUGUCAUUCUUUAGAAUAUAAACAAAAUUUGACUCCUCUGUCUUAUCUAUCCCAUUAGUGGUCUUUUAAAUAUGUAUGUCUUUAGUGCUUUGUAUUCUUUAAUUCUCAUUAAAAUGGAUUUAAGUAGAUGUUUCAAA